AUGUGGUUUAACAGACAAGACAAGUCCAGUGUCGAGGAUGCAACCUCUCUCAACGAGAAACGUUUCAACCAAAAGUCAAACGAAGAGCAAGAAUUGUUUACCGAAUCGACUAAUGAUAACUCCGAAAAUGCUUCUUCUUCUAGUGUGAAUGGGACUGGAUCAACCAGAAGGACGUUAUACAAUAGGCAUUUACAACUUAUAGCCAUUGGUGGUUCCAUUGGUACUGGUUUAUUCGUCACCAUUGGAUCUUCAGGUUUGGUUAACGGAGGGCCCUUGGGAUUAUUAAUGUCCUAUUGCAUAUCGACAUUGUUUACUCUUUUGUUGACAACAGCCACGGGGGAAAUGGUACUGUACUUGCCCGUGGACUCGCCAUUUUUAAACUUGGCCGGUCGAGUCAUUGAUCCUGCAUUUGAGGUGGCGGCGUCAAUCAAUUUUUGGGCAAUGCAGAGUCUUUACAUACCAACGGAAAUCACAGCAGUUAACAACAUUAUCCACUUCUGGCGUGAUGAUUACUCACCAGCAAUUACGUUCGUUAUUCAAAUUGUCAUUUAUGCCCUCAUUAAUAUGUAUGCAGUUCGUGUGUUUGGAGAAUGUGAGUUUUGGUUUUCAUUGGCAAAAUUGACCCUUUGUGUUGGGUUAUUGUUUUUCACAUUGAUCACCAUGUGCGGCGGAAACCCCCAACAUGAUGCAUUCGGAUUUAGAUAUUGGCAUGUUGCAGGUGGUCCCAUUGGUAUGAAGUAUGCUACUGGAAGUUUGGGUAGAUUCCAAGGCUUUUUAGCUUCACUCAGAUUGUCUAGUUCUUUCACUUGUGUUGGUAGUGAAUAUGUUAGUAUGACUGCAGGUGAAUGCGUCAACCCUAGAGUCAACAUGGCCAUUGCUUUCAGAACUGUGUUGUAUCGACUAGUGUUUUUCUAUGUUGGUGGUGCAUUAUCAGUAUCAAUCUUGAUUGCAUACAACGAUCCCAAAUACGUGGCGUUGACGUCUGGAGGCUCCGACGGAGUUUCGUCGCCAUAUGUUGUUGCCAUGCAAAACUUGGGGAUUCUGGCACUCCCUGACAUAGUCAAUGCAGUUAUCGUAACGGCUGCGUUUUCUGCAGGCUGUUCCUACACCUACACAUCGUCCAGAUGCUUAUACAACUUGGCAAAGAAGGGAUUUGUGCCAAAGUUUUUUAGAAUCUGCACCAAGAAGGGCAUUCCUAUUUAUUGUGUUCUUGUUUCGUGUUGUUUUGCAUUAUUAUCAUUAUUGCAAUUGGGAAAAUCGGCAAGUGUUGCACUAAAUUUCAUGUUCAAUUUGGUUACCGGAGCCCAAAUUCUCAAUUAUGCAUUUAUGGGUAUUACUUAUAUUGGCUUUUACCAUGCUGUUAAAGCACAAGGAAUCGACAGAAGAAAAUUCACCUAUAGAUCAUGGUUCCAACCAUAUUCCAUCUACUUUACUACAUUUAUGUACUGCUGUAUUGUUGGGUGUUUGGGAUACCAAGUGUUUUUGCCAGGACACUGGUCGGUUGAUGAUUUCUUGUUUAGUUAUAUCAUGGUUUUUGUUUCGUUGGCAGUAUACAUUCUUUGGAAAGUGAUUAAACGAACCAAAUUUGUCAAACCAAUUGACGCUGAUUUGACUACUGGUCUCGAUGAAAUCGAAGCGCAUGAAGCAGAGUUUUAUGCGCAGAUGGAAGAGAGUAGUCGUAAUGAGAAACAAAGCGAUUGGAAGGGCUAUUUGAAUUGGAUAUUUUAA